UAUUCAGGACUCUAUUGGCAGACCUGGCACUACAGAACAUAACCUGUCACUAGUGUCUUCCUCCCAUUUUUUUUCUUUCUUUCUCGAUUCUUUGCAAUUUAAAAAAUAUUCCGGGAUGGAUAUCCAGAGUGUCGGAACGCGUUUAACCUUAGUUCAAAUGAAUUAAUGCAGAUUGGAGCAACGUAAAGAAGAACAACAAUCUAUUCAAGAACAUAAUUUAAUCAUGGAGUACUUUAGUGAAAUAUUUUUGUUCGGAAUUGAUACUAUUGUAUUCACUAUCUGUCUGAAACAGUUUAUUUAUUACAAGAAUGCGAUUAAGGCGAUCAAGAAUGUUGAGCUACAUGACAUUGGCACAGAUUUGGAAAGUCUACUGGAUAAGAGUUCAAAUAACAAAGUAGAUUACAUUGCUAUUAGAGGAAUCGUGAAGCCAUUGAGAGAAUCGUUGCAAAGUAUUAAUAAAAAAGAUGUCACCGGAGUCAUACAGAAACUUAGUGUCAGAGAACACGUUGUUGCAAGAACGUCUGCUGGUUAUUGGUCUGAUCAAAAACGAACAAUUCAGCAAGUAUAUCAUACAGUACCAUUUGUUUUACGAAACAAAUGGUACUCUGUAGAAAUAACAGAUCCAUUGUCCGCUGACAUUUUAGAUUUGGAUAUAAUUUCUGACAAUUUUCAACCAAGUGCACCUACAAUUACAGAUCAUGUAUGGGGAUUCUUUACAGGAGUGCGACAACGUGGUAUACAGUCUACAGAAAAAAUGUUGCGUGAAGAUUCAAUUAUUACAGCGAUAGGUGAGCUUUCAAAGUCGGAAAGUGAAUCCAAUUAUCUUACUUUACAACCCCCGUUAAACGGAUCUCCUUUUUAUAUAACAAGCAUGUCAAUUACUUCUUUGAUACGGAAAUUAGAUGAUCGUAAAAAAAUAUAUAGGAUAUUUUGUUUAAUGAGUGGCACAAUUGGAUUAGUACUCGGAGGAAUUAUGGUGAGACGCUAUUGGAAGAAUAAACAAGAACAAAGAUUGGCAGAUCAGUUACGUCAGUCGCUCGAAAUAUCUCGUCAAGAAAGACGACAAAGAGUCAGGGACAGAGAUCUUAGAGAAGAUCAGAUAUGUGUAGUCUGCAAUACAAAUGCACGUGAAAUUAUUUUACUACCUUGUGGUCAUGUAUGCAUAUGCGAAGAUUGCUCAGUUAGUAUCAAUAAUAAUUGCCCGAUUUGCAGAACACAAAUCGUUGAAAGAGCAGCGGCAUAUAUAGUAUAAAUUUUAUUUUGAUAUGUGAAUAUGUUUUAUAUAACAAAAAUAUUUUUAUUAUACUAGAAAAACUAUGGAAAUGAAGAUUGUGAUUAAAAUAAUAUUAUUACAUAUAA